AUGGCCCGGUUGCCCCCGGAUGGCUCCCCCUCCACCUAUCCCAGCAUCGGCGAGGCAGUAGGCUGCCCCCGAAGCCUGGGGCUGCAAGAGCUGUGGGGGCUGAUGGAGCAGCGAGGGGCUGAGGGGCGGCGGCAGCUGGACGAGGCCUUCGGGGGCGCAGCUGGACUCUGCAGGCGCCUUGAUACCCACCCUGAGCAUGGGCUGUCAGAGGGGCCGGUGGAGCUGCAGCAGCGCCAUGAGACCUUUGGGCAGAACCAGCUGCCACCACCACAGCCCAAGAGCUUUGCACACCUGGUGUGGGAGGCGCUGCAGGAUGUGACACUGCUUGUGCUCCAGGCUGCUGCCCUUGUUUCCCUCGGCCUCAGCUUCUAUGCACCCCCCGGGCCUGACCUUGCAGUCUGUGGGCAGGGCUCACCAGCAGGGCUGGAGGCAGAGAAGGAGGCAGAGAUGGGCUGGAUCGAGGGGUUUGCCAUCCUGCUCUCGGUGGCCUGUGUGGUGCUGGUAACAGCCUCCAACGACUGGAGCAAGGAGCGGCAGUUCCGGGGGCUCUAGGGACGACUGGCUGGGCACCACUGUGUGGCUGUGGUUCACCGUGGCCGCCAGGCCCAGCUCCCUGCCACCCAGUUGCUAGUCGGUGAUGUCAUCCACGUCAAAUAUGGUGACCUGCUGCCAGCUGAUGGGAUCCUGCUCCAAGGCAGUGACCUAAAGGUGGAUGAGAGCUCCCUGAUGGGGGAGUCGGACCUCAUCCAUAAGUCAGUUGACAAGGACCCCAUGCUGCUCUCUGGCACCCAUGUCAUGGAGGGCUCAGGACGGAUGGUGGUGACAGCCGUGGGGGUCAACUCCCAGACUGGGAUCAUCUUUACACUCUUGGGUGCUACUGGGGAGGAGGAGAAGAAGAAGGACAAGAAAGGGAAGCCACCAGACAGGGCUAUGGAAAAUGCACAGAACAAAGACAAGAAGCAGGCCAGGGUGGCAGUGGAGAUGCAGCCACUGUGGAGUGCAGAGGGUUGCACCGAUGCUGAGGAUCGGGACCAGGACCGGGAGCCAAUGUGGAGGCGCCUGCCCACCCCCCGCAAGGAGAAGUCAGUGCUGCAGGGGAAGCUCACCAAGCUGGCCGUGCAGAUUGGCAAGGCUGGCCUGGCGAUGUCGGCACUGACGGUGGCAGUGCUGGUGCUGUCAUUUGCGGUGGGCACUUUCUCGGGGGGCGGCAGGCGCUGGCGGCCAGAGUGCGUCCCUGUCUACGUCCAGCAGCUCGUCAAGUUCUUCAUCAUCGGUGUCACUGUCCUGGUAGUGGCUGUGCCUGAGGGGCUGCCCCUCGCCGUUACCAUUGCCCUCGCCUACUCUGUAAAGAAAAUGAUGAAGGACAACAAUCUGGUGCGGCACCUGGAUGCAUGUGAGACAAUGGGCAACACCACAGCUAUCUGCUCAGACAAGACAGGCACACUCACCACCAACCGCAUGACAGUUGUGCAAGCCUAUGUGUGCGACACACACCACCACAGCCUGUCUUCGCCGGGCAUCCUUCCGCCCACUGUCCUGGACCUCCUUGUCCAGGCUGUGGCUAUCAACAGUGCCUACACCUCCAAGGUCCUGCCAGCAGAGGCAGUGCGGGGGCUGCCACGACACGUGGGCAACAAGACAGAGUGCGCACUGCUGGGACUGGUGCUGGCGCUGGGCCGUGACCCUGAAAUGGCAAGGGCGGCCAUGCCUGAGUCAGUGCUGCUCAAGGUUUACACCUUCAACUCCGUGCGUAAGGCCAUGAGCUCCAUCACGUGGCACCCAGGUGGCGCCGGCUACCGCCUCUACAGCAAGGGUGCUGCUGAGAUCCUGCUGCGCAGGUGCACAGUGGUGGUGGGCAGCGUAGGGGAACCGCGGGUCCUGGGGGUGCGGGAGCGAGACGAGCUGGUGCGAGGUGUGGUGGAGCCCAUGGCGGUUGAGGGACUGCGCACAUUGUGCCUGGCCUACCGCGAUCUGCCCGCCACCCCCGAGCCCUCUUGGGACGAGGAGGACCGUGUGGUUGGCGACCUGACCUGCAUUGUGCUUGUGGGCAUCGAGGACCCCGUGCGGCCGGAGGUGCCGGAGGCGAUCCGGCGGUGCCAGCGUGCGGGGAUCACGGUGCGGAUGGUGAUGGGAGACAAUCUGAGCACGGCACGGGCCAUUGCGGCCAAGUGCGGGAUCCUGCGGCCUGGGGAUGACGCACUUUGCCUCGAUGGGCCUGACUUCAACCACCGCAUCUGCAACGACUGCGGCCAGGUGCUGUCACCUGGCCCUCUGCCUGGCUGGGGGGUGCUCAGGGCCCUGAUGCCUGUGUUCUCUGGGAGAGGGGAAGACCCCCAUCUCCUCCCUGCCCCAGGCAUCAUCGACAGCACUGCUGGGGAGCAGCGCCAGGUCGUCGCAGUAAUGGGGGACGGCACCAACGAUGGCCCCGCCCUCAAGAAGGCUGACAUCGGCUUUGCCAUGGGCAUUGCGGGCACGGAUGUGGCAAAGGAAGCGUCUGACAUCAUCCUGACAGAUGACAACUUCUCGAGCAUCAUGCGUGCUGUGAUGUGGGGCCGCAACAUCUACGAUGGCAUUGCCAAGUUCUUGCAGUUCCAGUUCACUGUCAACGUGGUAGCUGUUGUUGUUGCUUUCACCAGUGCCUGCAUCACCCAGGACUCCCCACUGAAAGCCGUGCAGAUGCUGUGGGUGAACUUGAUCAUGGACACGCUGGCCUCGCUGGCGCUGGCCACAGAGCCACCCACAGAGGCAUUGCUGCUGCGCCAGCCUCACGGCCGUGACCAACCCCUGGUGUCCCCCAUCAUGAUGAAGAAUGUGCUGGGCCAUGCUGCAUAUCAGCUGGCUGCUGUCUUCACUCUGCUUUUUGCUGGAGAGAGAGUGUUCGACAUCGACAGUGGGAGGGCAGCCCCGCUCCACACACCACCCUCUGAGAACUUCACCAUUGUCUUCAGUGCCUUUGUGCUCAUGCAGCUUGGCAAUGAGCUCAACGCCCGCAAGGUACAUGGCGAGCGCAACGUCUUCUGUGGCCUCACUGCCAACCCCAUCUUCUGCACCAUUGUCCUUGGCACCUUCAUCCUGCAGGUCCUGAUCGUGCAGUUUGGGGGAAAGCCAUUCAGCUGCGCUCCCCUCUCUGCCCAGCAGUGGCUCUGGUGCCUCUUCCUCGGCAUUGGCGAGCUCCUCUGGGGGCAGGUGCUGGCAGGGGUCCUCGCGCUGCAGCUGCAGUGCCUGGGCAAAGCUGGGCAGAGACGGGGGCUGAGCCAGGAGGCAGCCGAGGACGAGGACAACAUGGACCCUGUAGAGCAGGAGUUGUGGCGUGGGCAGGUGCUGUGGUUCCGUGGCCUUCACCGAAUCCAGACCCAGAUGCGUGUGGUGCGGGCCUUCCGCAGCUCCCUCUAUGCUGGACUGGAGCUGUCAGACACCCAUGGCUGCCUCCACCGCCCCCGGCCACUCCCAGAUCCGCCGCUGUCACAUGUGGACCUGACCGGGAUCCCCCUCAUUGAUGACACAGAUGCUGAGGAUGGUGUGGUGCUUCGGCCCAGCAGGGGCCCCUCCCACAACACCAAUAACAACGCCUGCCCCUUCCUGCGAUAG